AUGGAGGUGAGGGAUAUCAUUACUGCUAUCCCGGGUGACAACCCCUAUCAAAAAUUAAAAGCUGCACUUGUCAAGCGAACGACCGUCUCCGAGCAGACGCGCCUCAAUCGGCUGCUGUCGGGAGAGGAGCUCGGAGACAAGUCGCCGUCGCAACUCCUCCGGCGGAUGCAGCAAUUGAUGGGGACGAGCACAAUGGAGGAUUCAAUUUUUCGGCAAUUAUUUUUGCAACGCUUGCCCACCAACGUGCAGGUCAUCCUAGCCGCAUCAAGCGACGGGGUGAGUUUGGUGGACUUAGCGGCGCUUGCGGACAAAAUUGUUGAAGUUGCCGGCCCAACUAUAUCCAACAUUCAAUCUAAGUUGGCGCCAUCACAACCCCCUCCACUCCCCACGCACGAAACUAAAGUCGACCAGCUCUCUGCACAGGUGGACCAGCUCACAAUGCAAGUUCGAGCAUUAACCUGCUCCAUGCUGGAUAACCGCGAGAGAGGUCGCAGUCGACAGCGCAAGUCGAAGGACUCGAUUAAGCGCCCACAAUCAGUUUCGCGCAGCCCGCAUCGCAGUGAACAGCAUGCAGGUGCCCAGUGCUGGUAUCACUGGAAAUAUGGGAGCAGUGCUCAAAAGUGCAUUAGUCCUUGCUCUUUCUCAGCAAGACAAGCCCAGGGAAACGACCCCGCCAAGGAAUAG